CAAUGCCUUCUUCUUCUUCCUCUUCAAGCAGCAUUUUUUGUGCCUUGGCUGGGCUUGGAAUUUUCCUUGCUUCCAUCCAUGGCGGUUUUGCAGAAGAUUAUGCAACAGCACUAACCAAGUCCUUGUUAUAUUUUGAGGCUCAGAGGUCAGGAAAAUUGCCCCCUAACCAAAGGGUUCAAUGGCGCGGAGAUUCUGGCCUCCAAGACGGCCAAAAUGCUGGUGUGGAUCUGGUGGGAGGGUACUACGAUUCGGGUGACAACGUUAAGUUCGGGUUGCCGAUGGCGUUCACGAUGACGAUGUUGGCGUGGAGCGUGGUGGAGUACGGAGGCCAACUUGACUCCAAACAUGAACUGGAAAAUGCUCUAAAUGCCGUCAAAUGGGGUGCAGAUUACUUGGUGAAGGCGCAUCCGCAGCCUGAUGUUUUGUACUGUGAAGUUGGCGAUGGCAAUUCGGACCAUGCCUGCUGGCAAAGACCCGAAGACAUGACCACGCCGCGCACCGCUUAUCGGCUCGAUGACCAGCACCCCGGCUCCGACCUCGCCGCCGAGACUGCUGCAGCCCUUGCCGCUGCCUCCGUUGCUUUUCGCCCUUCCAACCCUGAUUAUUCUUCCAUGCUUCUUACCCAUGCAAAACAGCUCUUCGAUUUUGGUAGAAAUCAUCAAGGGCUUUAUCAAAAUAGCGUUCCAGUAGCAAGCCAGUUCUAUUCCAGCAGCGGAUUUCAGGAUGAAUUAUUGUGGGCUGCUGCAUGGCUUCAUCGAGCAACCGAGGAUCAAAUGUACCUUAAUUACCUAGGAGGAUCUGGUACCACAGGUGGAACAAGAACAAUGUUCUCUUGGGACGACAAGUAUGCUGGUGUUCAAAUCCUAGUAGCUAAGCUAGUGUUGGAUGGGAAGGUAGAAUCCUCAGGUUUGUGGUCAGAUUUCAAGAGUCAAGGCGAGCAAUUCAUCUGCUCUUGCCUCCAAAAGGGCAACUCCAAUGUUCAAACCACUCCCUCUGGCCUCCUCUGGUUCCAGCCAUGGAACAACCUCCAGUACGUCUCCGCCGCCGCCUUCCUCGCCACCAUCUACUCCGACUACUUGGCCUCCAAGAAUGCCCCGAUCCACUGCCCCGCCGCCCUCCUCCAGCCCUCCGAUUUAAUCGCCUUCUCCCGAUCUCAGAUAGAAUAUAUCCUAGGUUCAAAUCCGAAAAGGAUGAGCUACAUGAUCGGACUCGGGUCAAACUACCCAACCCAGGUCCAUCAUAGGGGAGCCUCGAUCGUGUCGAUAAAGUCCAACCCGAGCCCCGUCACGUGCCAAGUAGGUUUCGAGCUAUGGUUCUACCGAAAUGCCCCGAACCCGAAUGUUUUAGAUGGAGCCAUUGUCGGAGGCCCGGAUAAGAACGAUCAGUAUACGGAUUCGAGGCAGAAUUACCAAAUGGCCGAGCCAGCCACUGUUAGUACUGCGCCGCUCGUCGGCGUUUUGGCCCGACUAGCUUGACCGCCGCUGCCGGCGGCUGUGGAUGAUUCCGGCUGGUUGUGUGCUGUGCUAAGAUCAUUUAGAUUAUAUUUUAGGGAACAUAAAUGUUUGUACUGUGACAAAAAAAUGUGACCCAAAGUGGUUGAUUUUGGCAAUAAAAGGGGCUUUGAAUCCUCUACUUAUAACGUAUUAGAUGCCUGAAUUUACUGAAAUAUAUUGGAGUUAAGGAUA